CGGCGGGAAAGGCACGGGCAGCAGCGGCGGCGAUGGACGAGAAGACGUGGACCAACGGAAUCAACGAGGCCAGUAAGAUGGCCCUGCUCGCCUGGGAGAAGGAGACGGGCAUCGAGCUGGUGCAAAUCAACGGGCAGAGGCGCUACGGAGGGCCGCCCCCAGGCUGGGUGGGCGGCCCGCCGCCCGCCGGCACCGAGGUGUACAUCGCCAGGCUGCCGCAGGACAUCUACGAGAACACCCUGAUCCCGCUGUUCGAGAGCGUGGGGAAGCUCUACGAGUUCCGCCUCAUGAUGACCUUCAGCGGGCUCAACCGGGGCUUCGCCUACGCCAGGUACGCGUCCCGGCACGACGCCCAGAGCGCCAUCGCCGCCUUCCACCGCUUCCAGCUGCGCCAGGGCUGCGCCAUCGUGGUGUGCUGGAGCACGCAGAAGCGCGAGCUCGUUGUGAGCGGCCUGGACGCCUCGAUGAGCCAGUGGGAGCUGGAGGUCACGCUGCACAUGGUCACUGAGGGGAUCCGCAGUGUCACCCUGCACGCCAGCCCCUCCCAGAAAGAGGCCAAGCUCGCUGUGCUGAAGUACAGGUCGCACGAGGCUGCUGCCCUGGCCAAGAAAGCCCUGAUGGAAGGAAACCUGAGGCUCGGGGAAGCAAAGAUGAGGGUGGACUGGCUGGACCCUCAGCUGAAGCAGAAGCUGCAGCUCUCUGAGGAGCCAUCGUCCAGCUGGGUGCAGGGAGGCGAGAGCCCGGCAGUGCCCCUGACUCUGUCACUGCAGAACGUGCUGGAGUGCCUGGACAUGCUGUGCUGGAAGCAUCACCUGAGGACACCCCUGUUCAUGACCAAGUGUGUCCAGGUGAACCGCAACGGGUGGCAGCGGUUCUGGUACCAGGUGGCGAUCCCGGGGUGCCGUGUGCCCAUCAGUGGCUUCACGUGGAUCUCACCAGGCAGGCACGGCCAGAGCCAGCACGAGAGGGCCAAGGUGGUGGUAGCCCUGCAUGUUCUCCGUGUGUUAGGGUACCAGCUGAAGUAGGCAGCUGCUCUGCUGGAGCCACGACUGAGCCUGAGCCCUGCUGGGCUCCCAGCCCUGUUCCAGCUUUCCUUGGAGUUCUUUGCAUCAGUUUUGAGAGCUGGCUCUGGAGGAUAAGGGCUGCUGUCCACGGCAGCCACCCUGUCCCCGGGCAGCCCUUGAGUUGGUUCUAGUUUUGGGUUGUUGGUUUUCCUGCCAAGUUUGGUUUCUGUUAAGCUGGUGUGUGUUGCGUUGGAGGGGCAGAUCCUGGAGAAGCAGCAGCUCUUGGAAGGGCUGCCAGCACUGGAUGCCAGUGUGAUGGAGGGAAUUCCUCCACUGGCAUUCCUGGUUCCUGAGAAACAGCCUCAGGGGAGGACAAGGUCACACUCCCUGUGUCCCAGUGGUCACAGAGCUCUGUGGGCUGGUGGAGCUGCUGUGUGUGGAGAGGAGUGCCUGCAACCUGUUUGCAGAGUGAGGAAGCAGCUGUGGAGAUGGCAGCUGUCCAUAAAUGAUUCCUCAGGAGUGGCAGGUCUGGCCACACGUUGUUCUUUUGGGAUUAAAGA